GAGUGCCCAGCAGUGGGAUCAAUUGUACCGUGACUCCAGCUCUGCUCCUCUCCCUCACCAUGCCUGCACACUGAUGAUGUGGAUGUGUUGAGAAAGACACACACACACUCUCUCUCUCUCUCUCCCUGUGGUUGCAUGGACAAUUGCUGUCGUUCUUCUCGGGGCGCCUCACACUCACCAGGUCCUGUCAGCUGCAGCCGCCUGCGGCUAACAUAAAACUGUCACCCAUCAAAAGCGGCUACCGGAGACUGAUCAGCGCAAAUUAAGGUCCAAGAAACAGGUCGCCACACACCUCAGAGCAAGAACCAGCGGAGAGUGUGAGCAGCACCCAGGUGUAUUUAUUCUCUUAAGAAUGACGGAAGUGAUGAGCAGCUGCGAGCCUGUAAUGGAGGAUUUUACUUUAAACCAGACGCCAGAAGAGGGAAGGCUCCCCUUUCAGAUAUUUCCUGAUCCCCAUGAAAAAUCUGAAAGAUUUCCUAAGAUGACAAAAAGAUUGCCAUCAAUUGUGGUUGAACCAACUGAGGGUGGCGAGGUGGAGAGUGGAGAGCUGCGAUGGCCGCCUGAUGAAAUGAAUGUGUCAGAAGAUGAGGAGCAUCACCAAAGUGAAUUAACAUCUAAACCAAAAAUACCAGAGAAUGAAGAGGAAGAUAUAUCAUCACAGCCCAGUCAAAUACCGGAAAUCGAAAUAGACUAUUCUGAUCAAAGAACAUCAGAAAACUCAAAUGACAGCAGCUAAAAGCUGACAUGACCUGACUGGCAUCCCACUGUGAAUGUUUGGUCACAGACUGGAACCUGGUAUAGAACCUCAAAAGGGAUUCUGAGUCAACAGACAUGUUUUUCAAAAGGCUUAAUCUGAAUGUUUUGCAGUUACUUGAAUUUCUGACAUUAUUUAUAUAUGUGGUGGUUGAUGUUACAUAGAGAUAGUAUUUAUUGUUUAUAUAUUGUCUGUGUCUUAAACCUCAAGCAUUAAGUAUACAUUUAAGCAUUAUGUUCCUAUUUGAUCAGCAAUGUCUUUAGUUGCCUAUAUAACUACAGAUGUAGUGGCUGCUUUUGCUCUUCCUCUUCUUCUAUGUCAAUCACCACACCUGAUCCAGAUAUUACUUAAAUUGGAGUAAAAUACUCAUUAUUAGCAAGUAUUCACUAGUGUUCCACACCUAUUAGUGUAAAUGUGAAAUAAGUUUAAAAAAGCUGAUUAAACAAAUUCUGUCAUAAGAAAACAAGCUAAUAUUGUUCACUUAGGUGCAAACACCAUGGAUGAAUUUUGAGUUUUGGAAUGCCAAGGACUAUUUGCUGGCCAGGUUCUGGAAAGUUACAAUGGUUAAACACUGUGAUUUAUGAGCCUAAGAUAAUGUGAACAGAAAUCAAUUAGCAAUUUGAGAAAAACCCAAGUUUGAGGUCUCAUUAUUCUAAACCUUUUCCAUUUGCAAGUUGACACAGCACAGCCUGUUCCCAGGCAACAGGAGAAAUGAGUAGCAUGGAAAUGAAUGGAGAUAGCAGAAGAAAAGUAAUACAAGGACACACUGAAGGGUGCUGCUACGUCUAAACUCUACAUGUAGACUAUCACAUAUUAUUUUCAAUAUUUUCUAUGGAAAGUGUCUUUUAUAUUUGCGUUACAGUUCAUUUUGAAAUCAUAAGUCUUCAGCUCUUUCCAGCACCCUUGCAGCUAAAAAAGUAUGUUUAAAUGCCAUAAUUUAUUUGCAGAAUACCAGUGAAAAAUUAGGCAGAUUUUCAUUCAUCUAAUAUCAUUCAAUUAUAUUCAGUAUAAAAAGUUUAACAAACUGAUUUUACAGAUGUUAUCAGAUAGAUAUAUGAUAGGUAUAUGAGGUGAUGUCAGAUACAGGAGAAUAUUUUAAAAAGAGUCAGAAGAAAUUCAGCACUGCAAGGACAGAGUCUAUUGGAAAUUGUGUAAGUCAUUAAAUAAUGCUAAAGGUGCACAAUUUGAGCAAUGCACCAGACUUGGACUGGCGACAGCAUCAUGCUGAGGGAGCCCGGCUACAGUGCUGUGCUACCAAUUUCAUCAUAUCAGUUUAAAAAUUCAAAACAUAAUGCCAGUGAAGGAGCCACACAUCCUGUUCUUGAGCUCAUCCCAGAUACUGUUUUCAUUUGGACCUCAAUCUCCUAUAUUCAGAAAUCCAGCAUCACAUAUCCAUGUCAGAAAUGCCACCUAAAUUCUAAAACAAUCUUCUGUUUCUAAAAAGUUCCUUAUUUGGUUAUCUUUGAUUGGAAAGGGGGAUUCAGAACGUUUCGUUGAUAACACCAUUCCUUCCACACUUAGACUUGAUUUGUUAUAUUGGCACAGGAGAAUAGAGCUUGAUUUAACCAAGACCAUUGAUGUUUAAUGCAGCAAUAUAACAACGAAAAAAGUAAGUGGUGGUCGUGCCAAUUUAAACCACAUAUUAUUUUUAAGUUAGCAUUUACAUGCGUUAUUUAUUGGGAAUUAAACUAAAAGGGUUUGAAAUUCCCAUUAUUUAAUGUUCACUAGUCAAUACACACAGAUGGCAAUGAAAUGCAUACUGUACCAGAGAAAGAUUCAUAUCAUGUUAGAUAACUUUCAUCUCCAAUGUUCUCAUUCACUUAUCAUACUUUGAUUCUGUGUUAUUCUACAAAUUUGGAAUAAGAAAAAAAUGACCAGUGUUAUUUGUUACUGUACAAGAUUGUGUUGCAAUCUUCCUUGAAACAUUUUAGGUUCAAAGCUCUUAUACAUUCUGAACAGAAAAUGAUACAAUCUGAGAGGGAUGGGGAAAGGAACAUAAGGCAGGGAAGCUUGUUCUGUCAGGUUUUGAACACUUGUUCCCUGGGAGUGGAAAUUCCUCAGGAAGUUGGGGGUUGGAGACCUGCACCACUCCCUCUCCCAGUGCAUGCCCAAACUAAAUUCUGGCAGCAGUGGAGUCUAGCAGCUUUUAAAAUGUCAGUUUCCCAACUUGGAAAACAAUACAUUUAAAUCUUGGACCUUUCAGCCCUCUUUUUAUUUUCGUCUGGCUUUGCUAUGCUGUAGCUAGGUGCUACAGUGAAAUUUGUCCCCCCUCUUGUGCUGGGACAAGUGUUCUAGUGUGCCAAAAUGAUGCAAAGUAUCUAAGUUGACUGACUCCAUAAUUUCUGAAGAGGGUCAGCACCUGACCCAUUGAUGGGCAGUAGCCCUGCACACAGCUGUACACUUGACAAUGCAGAGAUCCACCAGAAUAUUUGUGCCCACUGCCAACUUACACAAUGGUUACAUUUGUACUAGGUUUAUGAUUCAUCCUCACAUCAUGAUGGUGAUGUAAUUUUAAUGAUUCCUGAUAUGAUUUAACAUAUUCUUAAGCGUAGCCUGAGUUUACAUCAUUACACUGCUGCUUUCAAUUCUUUCAUCCUUUACAUCAAUGUGGUUGAUUUGAAUAUUUUCAAUUUAUUACACCUUCUAGGAAAACUUAAUCACAACUCUAUUUCUUAAUUGUUGGGUUCAUUUUCAACCUUUUACAAUAUCAUGAAAAUAAUUUGCAACAUCCUUCUUCCUUUUGCUAAAUGACAGCAGUUAUCAAAAGCAGGCUGGCUUCCCUUGCAACCUGUAGCUCAAUGUUUGGUCCUUCGGGUGCAUGCAUGUAUCCAGCUAAAAGGAGAGAUUAUCUGCACAUUACGAAGGUUACUUCAUUCGUGCUGACCAACUGAAAACAAUACAUGGAGCUCAGUCCUUGUUGGGACAGGACUUCUGCUGAUGGUCACUACCAAGUUCAAUUAAAAGGAAGGUGCAAAUAUCAAAUGUGUAAGGUGUAACUCUUUUGUGGCUAAAACAUUUGAGAAACGUAGAUUACUCUUCCCAGUGGCUAUAUCCAUUUGCAUACUUAAACAAAAACACCAUUACUGUGUCAUACAGUGAAGGAAGAAAGGCAGGGAUACCAAAUACAGGUGAUAGGAUAGUCUUCUUCCACCGCAUGUUUGAAAUUAUAUUAGCAUUCAAAAAUGAGGCACUGUUUGAAUCAUCGUCUGUUCCUAAAGCACUCACUUAUUUUAGUGAAAGCUCUGCACCUUCUAUUUUUUGUGCUAUAGCAAUAGAACCUCGUAUGGCAACAAAACAUAACUCAGUUCUCAAUUCAGUGACUAUUUCCAAUUCAGUACCAGCCUUGAAAAUAUUUGUGCACAUUUGUGAUACUGUACCUGAAAAAACAGGUCUGACUUUGUUUCUAGUAGUUUAUUUAGCAAGAGGUGUAUGUGCCACUUUCUUGUUUCUACAAAUCAACAUUUCUGAUACUCUGCUGAGCUGUAAGUACAACACAACAUUUUGUGCAUAUGGUUUCAAAAUAAAAUUAAUUAGAAAA